AUGGGUUUGUCUGGGAAGAUGGAAGAGCAUCUACAUACUUCCCAAGUUCGAGAGAUGGGCAUUCCAGUCAUAAAACGGUUUUCAGGGGGCGGUACUGUUGUCGUGGAUGAGGGAACUGUGUUUGCCACUCUCGUGUUUCAGGCAGAUUGCGUUCCAGAUGUGGAAUGUUAUCCAAAGCCAGUGAUGAGAUGGACUGAAGACCUUUAUGGUCCAGUUUUCCUCCCCUUUGGAAACUUUGAACUGCAUGAGCAAGAUUAUACCUUUGGAUCUCUGAAGUUUGGGGGCAAUGCCCAGGCAAUCACCAAACAGCGGUGGCUGCACCACACAUCCUUCCUUUGGAACUACAAUGAGAACCUCAUGGCCCUUCUCAAAGCUCCUGAACGGCAGCCAGCAUACAGACAGAAACGAAGCCACGAGGAGUUCCUGUGUCGCCUCAAAGACCACAUGCCAUCAAAGACGGGUCUGAUGGAUGGCAUCUGCGCCGCACUGGAGCGGAAGGGAUACGUGUUGCAGGUGAAGCCCCACCAGGACAAUCUCAGCCGCCACAGAAAUGUGGCACAAAUGCAGAGCUGCGUUUGUGCGACAGUUCUGCAGUGGCGAUGA